ACAUACAUAGGAAAAGAAGGUUGUUAUCGCCUCGAUACAACCUCAGUCGUAUCGCUACGUGAAUGAAGAAAUAUCAACAGUUCAAAAAUUCUGCCCCUAUGGUCCGAGUGGAACUGAGAGGUUCAGUAGUCCAUUCAGUAUGAAAGAGGUUGAGCCAUCAUUUUGGAAGCUGAGAAAUAACCCUGGGGGUGCUGGUUCAGUUUUGCGUUAUUUUGGAUUUCUUGGUGUUUGUGCUUUUAUUAUGUACAAAAACUCUGAUGAUUGGUUUGGAACCCCGAAGGAAUUCCAAGAAGUGGUUGAAUUACAAAAGAGAGUUGAUGAAAAAAGAAGACGAGAACGUCGAGAGGAACUAGAACGGACAAUGUCAAGGGAUGACAACAGAUAAUGUCUUCACAGUUGUUCCAUGGAUGAAUGUGGUUAUAAAUGAGUGAAAAUCACAUACAUCUACUUCUGUUUCUGAUCAUACAUCCCAUAGAUCAUCUUAAAUCCAUUAUCAGGACCAUUAAUUAGAUCAGAGAUGCAGUCACACUCGGAUGCCAAGACAGGGUCUCGUUUGGAUGCAAAAACAGAGUCUCACAUUAGCUACCUUACACUGGAGAGUGACCAGGUAGUGAGAGCGUUGGUACUAAUGGAACAGAUCACCUCUUCUUCUAGAGGACCUUUCGGCAAAAUCAAAAUGGUGCAAAACUCUGUCGGCGGUCAUUUAACUAUGACCUCUACUUCAGCAAGGUUACUGAGUGCUAUGUCUUUCUCAAACCCAAUUGUAAAAUUGGUGGUUAACUCUGCACAGGGACAUCUAAAAAGAUUUAAUGACAGCGGACAUUUAUUGAUGUCAAUAAGCCUAAAUUUGAUAUUAGAAUCUUUGAAAUUAGUCAUCAGUCGGAAGAUUCUAAUGGAUUUGUUCGAAAUAUUCUUAGGUAUGUGCUUAGAAUAUCUUGGCGACAAAGAUAAUGAGAUUCAGACAGAUGUUGUAUUUUCAGAUUUGAAACAAAUGUCAUCUAUUGUAAAAAGCAUACUGAUUUCAAAACCUCUCUGUAGGUUUUCAACAAAAAACUUAAAGGUGUGUGGUGAUCUAUUACUGGAGACAUUCCUAUCAUCUCUGCCCAACAACAACACUGUACAGAACGUGUCGGACGGUGUGAACGUAGUGGCCUUCGAUGGGGACACAGUGGAUAAAUCCACCAUUCUUCAUGGACUCCUUCUUCAAUGCCCAGAAAUAGUGUCCCAUUCCAAACAAAUCAUGCAAAUGCGUACUUUGAAAUCUGAACAGGAUGGCAGUUAUACCCUUGUAGCUUUUGUAACAGUCUCAAUGUCUGGAGACACGGAAGAGGUAGGAAGCAUGCAGUUCGAGUCAGAUAUGUGUGUGGAUACAGAUCACUGUUUCCUUGACAUUUUAGAGGAAUUCUGUGACAAACUGACAGCUGAGAAUGUGGGGCUGCUACUUUGCCAGCGAGUGGUUCAUCCCCGACUGAAACAGCGACUCCGGCAACAGUCCAUUGUGGUAGUGGAUAGACUGGGUGUUACCAUGACAGCUUACAUACAGGAUGUGUCAGGAGCUGUUCCUAUUAGAUCUUUCCACAAUCUUGAUGUGCAAAUGAUGGGGAAAGUGGCUGGUGUUGAACAUAAGAUUUUUCAAGACAAAAGUUACCUGCUCCUGUCACCAUUGGCAGACAAGUGUGUUGUGACCUUGAUCCUUUAUAGUCCAGAGGAGGAACAGCUGUCUGAACUGAAGAUCCUGUGCUCUUCCUGUUUAUUGUCCCUCCGUCACCUGGUCCAGUCCCCCCGAGCCCUGCUAGGAGCUGGCUGCUGGCAGAAGCACCUUGCUGCUGUACUGAAAAAUAAGGUCAAGGCUAACCGUGCUGACAUCGUAAGGAAGACAGGGUGUACAAUUCUGUCCUUGACACAAGCUUGUAAGGUCUUCACCAACACCCUGGAAAAGAUUGCCGUGGGAACAGGACAUGAUGGACAGGAUCAUAUGUCUGAUAUUGAAUAUGGACACCUCUGGCGCCUACCAAGGGGAAGUAAUCCAGAUCCUGAGGUUGUCCUUAAGUGUGCAUGUGGAGUCUUCCAGCAAAAUAUGUCAAAAUUGAAUGAUCUGAUUGGAUCACCUGGUAUUGUUGUAAAGACAGGUACAAAAGAAGACCCAAAUGGGCAUUCCAGACUUGACAUUAAACAAAAAGAUUUGGAUGUGAUUUUAGAUUUGUCGGCCCCGUGUGUGGCAGCACUGACAUCAGGUGUUCUCACAGCAAAUACUGUUUUGUCUAUUGGACAAUUCAUACAGGACAACAACUAACAGCCCAGGUGUCACUCAGCACACGAUAUCAACUAAAGGUCGCAGGUGUCACUCGGUGCACAAUAUCAACUAAAGGUCGCAGGUGUCACUCAGUGCACAAUAUCAACUAAACGUCGCAGGUGUCACUCAGCACAUGACAUCAACUAACAAUCCAGAUGUCACUUGAUGCAGGACAACAAUUAAUGACUCGGUCAUCACUUGAUACAGUACAUCAACUAACAACCAAGGAGGUCCUGAUGUCAUCGAAAGUUUGGGUCUACCUCAAGCAGAGCUCAAACUUCACCUCCCAUACACUAGUCAUUAAGACUUCAGUUCAAACUCAGCUUGAGAUGGACGUAUAUUGUUCUUGAUAUUGUGGCCAUGUGUCACUCAGUACAGAUGUCAACAAACACAGGAACACUAGAAACUGGAUCUCACUCAGAGAUUUAAAAAAACAAAUAUGCUCUGUAAACAGGUGUGAAAGUGUCUUUGAUUUUAAAAUGACAGAAAUGGUAUUAAAUCAUUGGGUAUGUAUUUGUAGAAUAAACCAUGUUUCAUAGUC